CACUAUCUUCCUGUUGUAAAAUGAUCAUCAUUGUGACUCAGUGUGCAAAGGGCAGCUUUUAGUAAAGUAAUAAAUUAGCUAGAUUUAUUGGAUUGGGAGUAAGAUUAUUUACGUGAGUUUUGUCAUAUAAUUUUUUGUCUCAAUAAUAAGAAACAGCGCUACUGUUCAGUUCCAGUUAGAACAGUUAAUGUGUUUACAUCAGUAAAACAAAUACUAAACUCCAAAACCAGAAAGUAGUGAUAGCUAAGAUAGGUUACGAUGAAGCUUCAGCAAAUUAAACCUUCAUAUCGUGUUGGUAAAAUUUUUGCACGCCUAUUUUUCCGUGAGACUAAUUAUUAUUAUUAUUAUGAAUAAUAAUGACUAUUAGAAUGGACUUUAUUUUUAUUAUGCUGGGAGUCACAAAAAAAUGGAGGAUGCUCCCAAUCACUCCCACAGAAAUUAAAAUUUCCAUUAAAAAAUGGCAGAAAGAGGUACUUUACUUAAAUAGUGCGACGUAUGAAAUAUACGCUGAUUAUAUAAAAUGUAUGCAAAUAAAUAACACAGUGAAGCUCUGUGUGUCAUUGUUCUGGUGAUUUCAAUGAAACAAAUGUUGGAAAAUAAAAUUCAGCAAUAAUUCUGACGAGAAAUAAGAGUCAUUAAUCCAACUCCAGUGACAUUGCACAGCAACAAGAUGAUUAGCAUUAAAUAUUAUUUGUAUUUAUAUCUUGUAUUUUUUUUCAUUUACUUGCAUUGUUUCUUCUGAUUUGGAUUGCUUACCAAUUAUUGAACAACCUGCUUUAUUUCAGCAGAUGCAUAAAGUGGUGCUGUUUUACAAAAAUACUGAUUUCAAAGGAACAGCAGAGGAAAAGAAAAAAAACAACUAUUCAACCAGUGAAAGUAGUCCAAACCAAUAAUGUGAAGGUGGGAUAAUUUGCCGCCAUGUUCCUCACCCUCAUGCUGCUGCGCAAAGGCAUUCCCGGGAAGCAGUGGAUCGGGAAGCAUCGCCGCCCGCGGCAGAUCACGUGGCAGAUGCAAACCAAGAUGGUGAAGCACCUGGAGCGCGAGGCAGAGAACGAGUACUGGCUCAGCCGGCCGUACCUGACGAAGGAGCAGGAGGUCCGCCACGCCGCCGAGCGCAGGGCCCGAACCUGGCAGCAGAUCAAGGAGGCCAACUUCGCCAACUUUCCCGAACACAAACGCAUAACGGAUCACCUGAGUCAUCUGAGGAUCACCAAGACGUGGUCGAGUUAACGCCGCCGGCCGAUUUUUAUUUUAUUUUUUUUGAUGCAAAGACUGGUUUUCUCAACAAAAUGUUUGUUUUCUGAUUUAUGUAAAUCAGACUAUUUCGGCUGAAAAUUGAUGUCUGUCGAAGACAUUGCUCAUGUGUGAUUGUAGUAAUAAAAAAUGUAUGUCACA